AUGAACUACAAAGAAUGGGCGUGUGGUAUGAAGACGACGCUCUGUUCUCGCAAAAAUUUUGGUUUUCUCGAUGGAUCCAUUCCUCGACCAACAGAAGGAUCGUCCGAUCUUGAAAACUGGUGGACUAUUCAGGCGUUGCUGAUUCCUUGGAUCCGGAUGACCAUUGAUCCGGUGUUGCGUUCCAAUAUUUCUCACCGGGACGUUGCUAAGGAUCUCUGGGAUCACUUGAAGAAACGAUUCUCGGAGCAAGAUCGAGAGGAGGACAAGGUCCAUGAUUUUCUUUCUGGUCUUGAUGAACCUUUUAAAACGGUGAGGUCGAGUCUCGUUUCUCUUAUGCCGAUCCAACCUUUGGAGGAAGUGUAUAAUAUUGUCCGUCAAGAGGAAGACUUGAGGAACAAUGUUAAAACAGAGGAUACUGCAGUAGAAAUCAUGGCAUAUGCAGUUCAUCAACGUGGUCGUGUAUCUUCCUCUGUCCAUGUUGACGAUGCGGUGGCCGUCUAUAACCAUUGUCAUCGUAGUGGUCAUUCCUCUGAUCGUUGCUUUGCUGUUGUGGGCUACCCAGAGUGGUGGGGUGAUCGCCCAAGGAGCCGCACGGUACAAGGAAGGGGUCGUGGUGGUGGUCCGUCGGGUGAACGAGGUCGUAACAUGACGUAUGCAAAUGCUGUUCACAUCCAUCCCAUGCAACCUCAGGAACGUGCCAAUCAAGUAAUCGCCAACAAAGACCCCGAUGGGCUCAGUGGCAUGGGCGGAGCCAAUAUAGGAUCAUGUGGAUCAAAUGACCCUGCUCCGCCACUGGUCAGUGGUCUUGAUGAUAAGCAGUGGGAGCGUCUUAUGAAGCUUCUCAAUGCUAGCGGAAAUGGUGGACCAUGCUCCAGUCACGAAAAGUUUCGAUAUGGAGCAUGUGCUGGUUAUUUUGGCAGAUGGGAGAGAGUUGAAAAUAUGUGCAAAGAAGGAACGAUUGUUUUAGGAUCCAAUAUGCUUUUGAAAUCUGUUUUCUAUGUUCAAGACCGUGCUUCGAGGAUGAUGAUUGGUGCGGGUAAACGAUAUUUUGGAACCUUUCGCUUUUGUAGAACGGAGUUGGGAGCGUUCGUGACGGAUAAGGAUGCAAACAAGUACGAGUUGUGGCCCAGUAGGAUGGGCCAUCGGUCUCCAAAAGUUGUUGGUACUCUUCCAAAUGUUUAUGUUUCUGUUGUUUCUGAAUUAUCGAAUAAGUCGAGCUUGUCGAUCACCUUUUGGGGAGAGUGUAUCUUAACUGCUGGUUAUUUGAUCAAUCAGACUCCUAGUUCGGUGCUUAAUGGAGUCACGCCGUAUGAGAAGUUACAUGGUCAACCUCCAACUUACGAUCAUGUGAAGGUGUUUGACAGUCUUUGCUAUGCACAAAAUCAGACACACAAAGGAGAUAAGUUUGCUCCAAGAAGUCGAAAGUGUGUAUUCAUCGAGUAUCCCUACGGCAAAAAGGCAUGGAGGCUAUAUGAUCUUGACAAAGAAGAUUUUUUUGUCUCCAGGGACGUGGUCUUCAGUGAAACAGAGUUUCCUUAUGCAACUCAUAUUCCCGCAACGAAUAUAGAUGAGGAGGACGCCCCAAUACUUCCACCAGCCGAUCAAUCUACUUCGACGUCGUCAUCCUCUGCCACUCCGACCUCCGCAUCUUCCGGCCCCGUCGCUCUGCCUGAACCUUCGUCACCAUCUCUGGUCGUCACUUCUUCUUCAUCCCCGUCUGCUUCUACCGAUGGCGACGAAGUUCAGCAGCCCGUCGCGGUUGAAUUACGUCGAGGCCUCCGACCGCGGCAUCCACCACCGAAAUUGCAGGACUAUACAACGUACACUGCGCAAACACGAAUUAUGGGUAAUUCUGCUUCUCUUUAUCCAAUUUCGAAAUAUGUGGGAUCUACUCGUUUUUCUUCGACGCAUCGGGCAUACUUGGUUGUGAUAAAUUUUGCGGUUGAACCCAAGACAAACAACCAAGCAGCAAAAAGCAAAGUGUGGAACAAUGCUAUGGUGUCUGAAAUUGAUGCUCUCGAAGCAAACGAAACUUGGACUAUUGAAGAUUUGCCUCCUGGUAAGAAAGCGAUUGGAUCGAAAUGGGUUUACAAUAUUAAACACAAUUCUGAUGGUGGCUCUCGGGAAUAA